UACAGUAUAGCAAAAUUUUUGCGCAUCUUGGGUAGUAUCAGAAGUGGAAUGCUGCCUGUGUUUAAUAGUGUGUGUGGUGCCGGGACGGAAAGCUUUCCACCCAACGGUUCUUUCACAAUGUUGUGAUGAAACCAACUGUCCAACAAGUGUUUUCAGAUUCCAGGAUGCUCUCUCUGGUUAAUUAUUUUUGGAAGGCAGAGGUGAUUUUCUGCAAUGAGGAGUAUUCAGGUGAUGAUUUAACAACAAAUGGUCACAUUUACAUAUUCCAGGACAGCUUCGGCUUUGUAAAAAUAGCUUUAUUAAAUUGUCAUUUUGGGAAGAGGUUAACUGAUUUACGCCUGAAAAUUAUCAUUCUUUAUCGUUGGAAAUAAUCACAUCCUUUUGACACAAUUGAACAUAAAAACGAGUGUUCCAUCAAUUCUUCAGUCUACAACAAACUCGAAUAUUCAUUGCUGAAAUCCAGAUCCGUUGUUCAAAACCUAAGGGAACAAAAUGUAAUUAAAUAUUUCAUAUGCAUAUCAGUCCCGUUGCGCUCUCUUGUACACUAGGUGGCGGUAUGCACCAAAGAGACGUAAUCCGUCAGUAAAUAAAAAGAAGAAGAUUGAAACUUCCGUUUCGGUGUGGGGAGAAAAUCCUCAAGCGAAUCGUGCAAAAUCAAGGUGAUGGAACGCGUCACCGGAGGAGGAGUGCAAUCAGCAUUGCUCCUAGCAAGCGUGGGAGGUUUCCUACUCUAUCGCCUACUUGGCCGCCUCAGAGCCAAAGCUGCUCUCCAGGACGCAGUGGUGGUCAUCACGGGUGCCAGCUCCGGAUUGGGCAAAGAAUGUGCACGCGUGUUCUACGGUGCAGGGGCUCGAUUGGUCCUGUGUGGUCGAGAUGCAGGUCGACUGCAGCAGGUGGUUGAAGAGUUGAUCACAAGUACAAGGGACAAAAGGCAGCAGACGCACGUUCCCAGCACAGUCAUCUUCGACCUAAGCGACACACACUUGAUGGACAGGGUGGCAGAGGACAUCUUGAAGUGUUACGGACGAGUGGACGUCCUCAUCAACAAUGCCGGAAUCAGUUACCGUGGCCACAUCCUGGACACUCAACUAUCGGUUCAGAGGGAUGUUAUGGAAACAAAUUACUUCGGACCAGUCGCUCUUACGCAAGCUCUCCUGCCUUCCAUGGUUCGCCAGCACACUGGUCAUAUUGUUGUCAUAAGCAGCGUUCAGGGCAAGAUUGCUAUUCCUUACAGAUCAGCCUAUGCAGCGUCCAAACACGCCACCCAGGCCUACUUUGAUUGUUUACGGGCGGAGGUAGAGCGUUACGGGCUUUUCGUGACAGUCAUUAGUCCGGGAUACAUCAGGACAAAUCUGUCCGCCAAUGCAGUCACUGGAGACGGAUCCAAAUAUGGCGUCGUGGACACAACCACAGCGACGGGUCGCGAUCCCAAGGAUGUGGCUCGGGCAGUUGUGAAAGCUGUGCGUCACAAGAGCAAAGACGUUGUUUUGGCAGGACCUUUGCCCACGGCGGCGAUCUACCUACGCACACUGUGGCCUGCCCUCUUCUUUAAACUCAUGUCGUCUCGCGCUCGCAAGGAGCACAAACCCAAAAAUAUGUGAACCCGCAAAGGUUCAAAAAUGGAUGCGGGGUAUUUGAUCGUGCAGUAACUAUAACGGGUAACUGGUAAUGUAUUUAUCUCUUUGGUCACAUUUUCAUCAUCAAUGUUUAGUAAAAAAGCCUGCUGAAAAUGAUCGUGAGCUGAUUAUUAUUAUAUGUUACCUCUUAAGAAAUAUCAAGACAACAUUUUGGGAACAAGAUAUAUUAAUUUUGUAGAUCGGCAAAAUCCACCUUUUUUUUUUUUACCAACCCAAGCAAAUUAAAAUAUAAUCUUCACAUUUCUAAAUCGAUAGUUGCUAUAUUCCAAACAUCUUUUUAAAAUAAAAUCUAGCUCACCUCACUGUUCAUGAACACUACAUCCACAUCACUGUGCC